CUCGAGCAAAGCUCAGCCUCACACAGCCUCUCCUCUCGAGCUAGAGUGCUACUAGCUUAGAAGAAGCAGAAGCUUACAGCUGAAGCUGCAGCAAUGGCGAAAUCUUACACCUUACUGUUCGUCGCACUGGUCGUUCUGGCCCUUCUAGUGAGCCCCAUUGCUUGCUCCCGCAAGCUCGCCAAGCCGAACAAGCCCAAGCCGACCCACAAGCCGGCGGCCAGGGUCACGCCCGGCAGCAACCACACCGAUAUCCCUGCAGUGUCCGCCGCCUACGGCUCCGGCGGCUGGUUGUCUGCCGGCGCGACGUACUACGGCGCCCCAAACGGCGACGGCAGUGACGGCGGUGCGUGCGGGUACCAGACCGCCGUCGGGCAGCGCCCCUUCUCGUCGAUGAUCGCGGCCGGGAGCCCGUCCCUGUUCAAGGGAGGCAAGGGCUGCGGCGCCUGCUACGAGGUUAAAUGCGACAGCAACCCGGCAUGCUCCGGCCAGCCGGCCACCGUGGUCAUCACCGACGAGUGCCCCGGCGGUGUCUGCCUCGCAGAGGCGGCUCACUUCGACAUGAGCGGCACCUCCAUGGGCGCCAUGGCGAAGCCCGGCAUGGCCGACAGGCUUCGCUCCGCCGGCAUCCUCAAGAUCCAGUACAAGAGGGUGCCGUGCAAGUACAGCGGCGUGAACAUCGCCUUCCGGGUGGACCAGGGAUCCAACCCGUUCUACUUGGAGGUGCUCAUCGAGUUCGAGGACGGCGACGGCGACCUCAGCGCCGUCCACCUCAUGGAGGCCGGGUGCGGCACGUGGACCCCGAUGGUGCAGAACUGGGGCGCGCUCUGGCGCUACAACUCCAACACCGGCAAGGCGCUGAAGGCGCCCUUCUCGCUCCGGCUGACCUCCGACUCCGGCAGGGUGCUCGUUGCCAACAACGUCAUCCCCGCCGGCUGGAACCCCGGAGCCACGUACCGCUCCUUGGUGAACUACUCCUGAUUGAUGAACUGCGGCAGCGGUUCGGUUCUCCGCCCCCCAUUGCAUGCGCUUGGCUGGAUUAUUAUGCGUGGCCAAGAAGUGCUUUCCAGGGUGCGUGGUGUUUAAAGAACGAGUCUCGAGUUUGUUUUCUGAGAAGAAGAAGAAAAUGUCUGUUCGGGUGUCCGCGAGAGGCGGUGUAAGAAGAGGAGGAGGAGGACAAGAAGGUUAAGGAGCCGUGCGUUCUUCACUCCCUCCACGGUCUCUGCAGUCACCUAGUGAUGUGUGUAGUGGUCGGUGUCGGUUUCUUUUUCGUUGUGAUGGCUCAGGACAGGAGUUGGGCGUUGUAUCAGUCUCUGUGUGUGUGCGUAGUUUUCUGUACCACGCAAUCCUUUCAGAGAAUUGAGUUCCUGCUUUCUUGUUUCACCGUGAGCGCACUCCAAAUAAGCUCCAAUGACUACUGAACCAGCACCAGCUAUUAGCUGCAUACUAGCUCUACUCUUGGGAAAACUGAAUCGUUGGAGACAAUAAAACGUAUAGUCUGCCACUGCCAUGUAUGUACUCC